AGCUGAAUGCGAAUGAAUGACAGAGAGAGUGUGAAAGAGGGAGAAAGGGAGAUUGUGUGCAGCGUUCUCUGCUAAGCUCCACACAGGACCUAUCAUUACCAGAUGUCACAGUGAGGGUGGCUGCCAGCCGAAUCACUGCUUAUUGCUUUAAACUCAAACUCUCUGCCUCUUUCUCUUCUUCUCCUUCCUUCUUUUCCCUCUCCCUCUUUUUUUCCUUCCUUUCCCUUCUCCAUUUCCAGCUGUUUUUGGAGCACGCAGCGAGAACGGGGGAAGUUCUCCACCAAUUGUUUCGGUCCUGAGAGGAGCUCGGCAGUCGGACCCUCCCUCCUUCUAUCUCUCUCCCCUCUCUUUCCUCUGUCUCUCUUCCUCUCUCUCUCCUCCCCUUGUUGUGACAGAGCACACCUGCUUGAUCUUGGCUGCAUGCGUUCUGAGUCUAAUUACCCCAUAGGCCCUCGCAGCCACUUCAGUCUCAUCCCCCCCACUCGACUGGAUUUUUGGAAGUCAAGCUCAUCUAGCACAACUUUACUCUCUCUGCCUUGCUUCUUCUGAGAACAGGCUCCCUGCUAGCAGCACCAUGAGGUCAGCCUGUCUCUCUCUGCUCCUGGUCACUGCCUGUUGGGCUCUGCCCUUCCACCAGUCCGGCUUCCUAGACUUCAUGAUGGAGGAUGAGGCGGGAUCGGGUGUGGUUGAAGGGCCUGAAGUUAGAUCCUUCCCUGCCAUGCCUGUAAGACCCAUGUGCCCCUUCAGAUGCCAGUGCCACCUGCGAGUGAUCCAGUGCUCUGACCUCGGUCUGACGACAGUUCCUGAGGACAUCCCAGACGACACCACCCUGCUGGACCUGCAGAACAACAAGAUCACUGAGAUCAAGGAGAAUGACUUCAAGAACCUCAAAGGACUACAUGCUCUGAUCCUGGUGAACAACAAAAUCACCAUCAUCCACGCCAAGGCCCUCAGCCCUCUGACCAAGCUGCAGCGUCUCUACCUGUCUAAGAACAUGCUGAAGGACAUGCCCGCCAACAUGCCCAAGAGCCUGCAAGAGCUGCGCAUCCACGAGAACGAGAUCACCAAGAUCAAAAAAGCCUCCUUCCAGGGCCUGUCCCAUGUCAUCGUCAUGGAGCUUGGGUCCAACCCUCUGAGGAGCGCAGGCAUUGAGGCCAGUGCUUUUGCUGACCUGAAAAGGGUCUCCUACAUUCGCAUUGCAGACACGAACAUCACAGACAUCCCCAAAGGUCUGCCAAGCUCUCUCUCUGAGCUCCACCUGGAUGGAAACAAGAUCUCCAAGGUGACGGCUGGCACCCUCAAGGGCCUGAAGAACCUGGCCAAGCUGGGUCUGAGUUACAAUGAGAUCAGCUCUGUGGAAAAUGGCACUCUGGCUAACGUCCCCCACCUGCGAGAGCUGCACCUUGACAACAACGCUCUAAUCAGCGUUCCCACCGGCCUGUCCGACCACAAGUACAUCCAGGUGGUCUACCUCCAUGCCAACAAGAUUGCAGCUGUGGGAACAGAGGACUUCUGUCCUCCUGGCCUCAACCACAAGAAAGCCAUGUACUCUGGCAUCAGCCUGUUCAGCAACCCUGUGCCUUACUGGGAAGUUCAGCCCAUCACCUUCCGCUGCGUCUUCGACCGCUCCGCCAUCCAGCUCGGCAACUACAGGAAGAAACCUCCAGUUUUUAAACACCACACUGUUCUUACCUACUGGCCCUCCACCCCACGCACACGAAGAGAGAGAACCACAGAAGUUAUGUUCCCUCUCCAUGCACCCCUCUUUGCUGUAUUGGUCAGCGUAGCCCUGUGCCAGUAUGAGGACUAUGACUACCAGCCUGCUUCCAUGCUAGGACCCUCAGGGCCCAACUGUGAUCGAGAAUGCGACUGCCCAAUCAACUUCCCUACCGCCAUGUAUUGUGACAGCCGCAAGCUCAAGUUUGUUCCCAUGGUCCCUACAGGGAUCAAGUACCUGUACCUCCAGAACAACCAGAUAGAAGAGAUCAAGGCAGGGGUGUUUGAUAAUGUUACUGAUGGACUUCGCUGGUUGGUACUUGACAACAACCAGAUUACCAAUGCUAAGAUAGCAAAGGGCACCAUCGACAAGCUCACAGCCCUGGAGAAGCUAUUCUUCAGCAACAACAACCUGACAGAGCCAGUUAUCCCUCCCUCAAAGUCCCUCGAUGAGCUGAAGCUGAUGCACAACAAGAUAUCCAAGUUCCCCUCUGGACUCUUGGCGGACAAGGAGAACUUGACUUCCGUUAACCUUCAGCACAAUAAGUUAAGUUCCGAUGCCAUCGGGGGAGCAUUCAAAGGGUCGAAGAAGCUGCUGUCCCUGGAUGUGAGCCACAACAAGCUGAAAAAGAUGCCAGCCGGAGUCCCUAGUUCACUGGAAAUCCUCUACGCUGACUACAACGACAUUGACAGUGUCGGUGCAGGAUACCUGAGCAAGCUGUCCUCGCUGCAGUACCUGAGGAUCUCCCACAACAAGCUGGUGGACUCAGGACUCCCUGCUGGAGUGUUCAAUGUGACAUCGCUGGUGGAACUGGACCUGUCUUUCAACAAACUGCAGUCCAUCCCCGAGAUCAACGAGCAACUGGAGCAACUCUAUCUCCAGGCCAACGAAAUCAACAAGUUUGAACUGACAAGUUUCUGCAAGCUCAUCACACCCGUCAACUUUUCCCACCUGAAGCAUCUGCGUCUGGAUGCCAAUCAAAUCACACCUGCCAGCAUGCCCUAUGACUACUCCACCUGCCUGCGCCAAGCUUCAGAUAUCAUGUUUGAAUAAGGACCUCCCUCAAAUCAAUAACCUUGCCAUGACCUCCUUCUCCACAAGUCAGCCCAAAGCCUUCUGGGUUUCAAUGGCGUAAUAUCCCCUUCUGUCAUAGUACUCAGAUGUCCUUGCAUAUAAUAAGUACUAUGCAAAUGUGCUGUAAUGACAUCUUCAUCAAUUAAAUAUAUCUUGAAUGAAUCAAGAGCUGGGUAAAUUUGAGAUGCAAUAGAUGAAAGGACAAGUUCCAACAUAUUCUGCCAAACGUGCAGUCAGAUUUUUUUUAAUUCAUUAGGUGUCAAACAAGUAUUUGACUCUAGAUAUAAAUGAAUAUUCUUAUUGUUCAAAUAAACAUGAAGGCAAAAAAAAGUGGAAAGAAAUAUAGAAAAUAUUAAAAAGGACCAAAAGUUCUGUAUAUAAAAAUGUAUUUACAUGCUUUGAUUGAAAACACACUUUAAACAUUCCAAACUUGUAUUUGAUGAUAUUGAAGAAAGACACAAUGGAGUAAACAAUGGCUCCAAUGUCUCAAUUCAAUCAUCAUUUUGUUGUCUGUAUUGUAUGUUCCAUUGUUUAGCAUGUAUAAUAAAAGGUGGGUACAAUAAUGAAUCCAUUGCUGUGCAAAGGACCAGCAACAAAUGUAAAAUAGCAGUUACAUAGAAGUCACAUUUUUCAACAUCUUGAAUGAAUCAAAGUGGUUUUCAGUAAAAUACCAGUGUUAUUUACUUUUGUCUGCCGAUGUAUGCCUUCUUUAAAAAGGGUGCCUUGAUGCAAAUACCAUGAUGUUCCACUGAUUGACUUUUUUGAACUACAAAGGAAAAAUAUGUACACAUAUACCCAACUGAGAAAUGUCGAUUUCUUAUUGGAAAUAACUCUUUUAAUUCCAAUUUAGAGCAAACUAAGCUGCUUCUGAAGUUCUAAAGAGUUUAAUAAAUGACACUUGAUGAAGACGGUAGUAUUCUUGACGCAACCUUUUUUCUGCUUAGCUAAACCUUGAGAUGAUGGAUGAUGUUUCCAAGAAAUCACAAUUCAAAUUGUUUCUUUACCAUACCUAAUUCCUAGCUGUCAACUUAAAUGUGCAUCCCUGAUUUGUAUACAUUUACAUUAUUUGCAUGCAACUAAUGGUACCAUUCUUUCAUAAUAAACUACAGCUUUUGCAGUUGAGGUGCCGUCAUUGUUACGUUGUUGUUCACUAUGUUUGAUAAAUGCUUCUUGCCCAUACAAAAUCAACUUGGCAGCAGUGUCAGGUUGGUUGAAGUAAUAACACAUUUUGUUUAGGUCAUUUUCCAUUUUAUCGUGAUUUCUUUUUGUGGCCUUUGACUCAGUAACUGCUCUUGGAUUUGCUGUGAGGAAACCAA